AUGGCCAACGCUUCUGCCACCUUCGAUCUCCCUCCCCUGCCGAGUUACACCACCUCCGUCCGCGAACCGCUCUUUCCGCCCGUUCCCGAUAACUAUGUUGCCCUCAUCCUGCCCAUUAUCGCCUACUGGGCCAUGUCAAUGAUCUACCACUACUUGGAUGUGAACAACUAUUUCGAAAAAUACCGUCUGCACACUCCCGCCGAAGUGUCGAAGCGAAACCGCGUGACUCGUUGGGAAGUCGUUCGUGAUGUGGUCUUGCAGCAGGUGAUCCAGACGCUGGCUGGUGCAUCCAUGGCGUAUUUCGACCCGGUGGAGACCGUUGGACGAGAGGAGUAUGAUGUCGCCGUCUGGGCGCAGCGAAUCCGGUUUCUGCAGAAGGCGAUCCCUCCGAUGUUAGCUCUCAUCGGGGUGGAUGCUGCCGGCCUGGCCAAACAGGUGUCGCAGAACGGACACACCAUGCUUGCCGGUGCUCUGGCCGGAGGAUCGUAUCCGAGCGUGAUGCAGUCGGUGAUUCUUGACGGUGGCGCGGAAGUCUCGGCCCCGGCCUUUACGAGCUGGGAGUUGUCCUUGGCCGGUUUCAUCUACUGGUAUUUUGUUCCCGGCUUGCAGUUCAUGCUCGCCGUCUCCAUUGUCGACACUUGGCAAUACUUCCUGCACCGGGCCAUGCACCUGAACCGUUGGCUCUAUGUGACCUUCCACUCUCGCCACCACCGACUCUACGUUCCCUACGCCUUUGGCGCCUUGUACAACCAUCCCGUCGAGGGAUUUCUUUUGGAUACGGCCGGUACCGGCAUUGGAUUCUUGGUUUCUGGCAUGACCAACCGCCAAGCCAUGUGGUUUUACACCAUUUCAACCAUCAAGACCGUUGACGACCACUGCGGCUACGCAUUCCCUUGGGACCCUCUCCAGCACUUCACCUCCAACAAUGCCGCCUAUCAUGACAUCCACCACCAGAGCUGGGGCAUCAAGACCAACUUCUCCCAGCCCUUUUUCAUCUUCUGGGAUCGCUUGCUCGACACCCAGUGGAAGGGUGAGGUCAAGCUUCGUUACGAGCGGGCUCGUGAGAGCGCCCAGAAACAGGUUGACGCGGAUGCCGCCCAGGCUGCAGAGGUGUCGGCAGUCGAGGGACGCGAACACGAACCCGUGGUGGUCUCUUCCGAGGGGCCAGCGACGCGAACUCGCCUCCGCCGGAAAACUGUCGACAGUUUGAAGGGACCCAGCCACGGCGUCUCAGGGAGCGUCCUGCACAAUUGA